AUGUCUUUCGAUGGGAAAAGCUUAUCACCGAGCCCGCAAGUGCCUUUGUACUUAUGGGGUGGCUCCAAAGUGUACAAAGAGAGAUUUGUGGCAAAUCUGCAUCAUGUCACCAUUGAGACCCAAUUUCUAACAUGGCGUGCCGCUUUCAACUCUGCCAUUUCAAAGGACAUGCAUGUCAAGGAGAUGCUCUACGCCAUGGAAUGUGCCCCCAAUCAAUGUACCUCGAAGGUCUACCGGGCGAUCAUCUGCUUCAAAAAUCUAAGUCGUUUCUUAAAGCUGGCUCAUACAGUGCAGAAGUUCUUCUACUUCUUCAAAAUGAGGCACUACGGGAAAAAUGACAUCCACAAGAAGUUCGGCCUUGGCCCAGACAUGACCAAGGUUUGUCAAGCUCUGAACAUCCCUGCCAAGUUCCGUGAAUGGCACUGGUUGCUGAGCGAACAUCGGAAGGAGGCUAGCGGAUCAAGCACCUUUUCAGUGCAGACAAUAAGAAAGUCUUUGGCUAGGCAGUUCAAAACCUGUGAUCUAUCUUGUAAGGAGGUUAGCUCCCGAGUUAGGUCGAUUACAGAGAAGCAGAGUUUGAGUCAUCCCCACCGGUCUGGAAUCAAACUGAGAGGACUGUACCCUCGUUCAGUAUCGCAGGUUGCGGCCAUGAGAGCUAGAGAGUCGUCUGCUCGAGCGAAGAGUCUUUCAGUUAUGCGAACUGCUAGUCCAGCAAACUCAUCUGCUGUUGUCCCCUCUUCUGCUCAGCUUGAUGAGUUGAUCAAGAAAUAUGCUGAUCCAAUCGGCAAGCUCUCAAAUGAGCGAAUUCGUCAUGAUGCCAGGAUGUCCAAGGAUGCCUACUUUCGCCUUGAACACAAGUUUUUCCUUCUGGCCCAAAGCCAUGACAAGUUGCUGGCCAAGUUCGACACCCACGUAGAAGCUGUGAAGGUGUCGAAACAUACGAUUGCUGCCAACGCGUACAAGCUGGGAUACUUGGAUUGCAUGAACGGCGCCUUUCCCUAUUGCCUCAUCAAAGAUGAAGAUGCUGACCAACUCACCAUGAUGUGCCCCUUGCUCAAAUUGAGCAGAUCAACACUUUGGACGUAG